AUGAAGUCAGUUCUUCUUGUGUUCGGUGUCGUCCUCGGAGUUGUUUUAGGUACGUAAGAAAAUAGUCGACUACGGUUGGGUCAGGCUCAAGUUUUAAUUAAAGCUUUUUUGAUGGAUAAUACAGGGUGUUCCGAGAAUUGUGGAAAAAACUAUUCAUUAAUAACUUUGCGCUCGGUGGUCCAAUCCGAAAAAUUUUUUUUGCAUUUUACAGAGAAGCCUUGGAGUUUUUCGAAUCAAAAAAAAAUUUUUUUUUUAUCUGCGGAGACUUCCGUAAUCCGCCUUGAAUUCGGCGGAGUGUUUUUUUCCAAAAAUGAGGCUGUAAGUCGAUGUAUGUGGAAAGAAAAUGAGCGGAAAAAGAUGCAGUGGAUGCAAUAUGACAUUUAUUUCAAAAUUUCGUGAUUUGGCGGAGACAUUUUUUAACCUCGGCGGACGAUUUUUCUUCGACUUCGGAGAGUCAAAAUUGGCUAAAACAAAAGCGUAUGGUUUCCCUGGUGGCAUGGCGCUUAAAUAAGACUUAUUACGUCCUCGGCUGACUGGCAGAUGAAGAAACGACAAUUUGGCGGAGAAAUCGGCGGAGAAAAAAAUUAACCCAUUUGUUUAAUUAUGAAAAUUAUCCGCCGAUCAUUCGUCGAUAAGAAGAAUCAUAUUUUUUGGUUGAUCAGGGCCGUAUAAGACCUAGAAUUUUAGUUUUCUCAUCAUAACUUCUUAAUAAGGUUCAUUUUCUCUACGCCGAUUUCUCCGCCGAAUUGCCGUUUUUUCAUCUGCCAGUCAGCCGAGGACGUAAUAAGUCUUAUUUAAGCGCCAUGCCACCAGGGAAACCAUACGCUUUUGUUUUAGCCAAUUUUGACUCUCCGAAGUCGAAGAAAAAUCGUCCGCCGAGGUUAAAAAAUGUCUCCGCCAAAUCACGAAAAUUUGAAAUAAAUGUCAUAUUGCAUCCUAUGGAUCUUUUUCCGCUCAUUUUCUUUCCACAUACAUCGAUUUACAGCUUCAUUUUUGGAAAAAAACACUCCGCCGAAUUCAAGGCGGAUUACGGAAGUCUCCGCCGAUAAAAGAAAAAAUUUUUUUUGAUUCGAAAAACUCCAAGGCUUUUCUGUAAAAUGCAAAAAAAAAUUUUCGGAUUGGACCACCGAGCGCAAAGUUAUUAAUGAAUAGUUUUUUCCACAAUUCUCGGAACACCCUGUAUAUAAAAUAAUUAAUAAAAAAUAAAAUUUCAGCCGCCCCAGCUGGUGAAGAUCUUCAGAAAAAGAUUGACGCAAUGGAAAAGCAUAUCCAAUUACUGGAAAAGGCCCUCUUGCAACGGCGAUCGCCCCUUCAGGGGUCUCUUAUUGAGGGAAAUCAGAUCAUGAAUCCGAGGGCGACUCGCGCCCUGGCCUUCCAACCCAUGAAGAGAAUGGUCGCUUGGCAGCCAAUGAAACGGUCGAUUGCUGCUGAAUACAACAAAGAUCAGGGUGAGUAGUCAUUUGAAGGUUCACUUUACAUUGUAUUAAGUAUUUUUGACCUUUUAUGUGAGUCCUUUUAAAAUCUAGCACAACAUAAAAAGCUUUUCAAAAUUGAUGUUACAGUAAUCCGGGCGAUCGAAGAGCAACUUCUGGAGAUCCUACAUGCCGGUGAGACCCUGGGAGUGAACGCGGAAGAAGUCCUGGGGGAUCUGAAGAAGAAAAACGGAGAUCUGAUGUAA